AUGGGAGUCGAGGUGCAGAGCUACAAAUCUGGUGAUGAUUCCACCUUCCCGAAGAAAGGACAAACUGUGAUUGUCCACUACACCGGCACGUUGGCGAACGGCAAGAAGUUCGAUUCCUCGCGGGAUCGCAACGAGCCCUUCAAGUUCAAAAUCGGUCGUGGGGAAGUCAUUCGUGGCUGGGACGAAGGUGUCGCCAAGAUGUCGGUCGGCGAGAAGGCUAAAUUGGUCUGUUCUCCGGACUUCGCGUACGGGGCUCGUGGGCAUCCCCCGGUUAUCCCGCCCAACGCCACUCUCACAUUCGACGUUGAAUUGAUUCGUGUGGAAUGA